AUUAUUUGUGUACUUGUGAGACAUAGAGGAAUUCUUGUUCGAUCUUGUUUCCUAUCCCACUAUCGAUGUUGACAAAUGAUAGAUGUAGAGAUCUAUAAUCUUUGUAUAGAAGAAAGUUAUGAUCCUGCUCACUUUUAUGGACGUGUGGAAGCAUACCCCUUUGAUGAUAACCAUGUGCCAUCUCUUCAAAUGAUCAGAGAUUUCUGUGAAAGUGUGGAUUCAUGGCUGUCAAGUGACCCCAAAAAUAUUGUUGUUAUUCAUUGCAUGUAUUAUGCAGCAGGAAAAGGUAGAACUGGAUUAAUGGUGUGUGCAUACUUAACUUAUUGUGGCAUGUCAGCAGAUGAGGCUCUUCAACUGUAUGCGGAUAGACGAACAACCAAUAAUGAAGGAGUAUCAAUACCAAGUCGUGGCAUAUUGGGAUAGUCUACUUUCUAAUUGUGUUCCAAGAGGAAUUGGAAAAGGAACACCACAAAUGAAGUUGCCUCAACCGUCUAGCUGAGAAUUGCGGCGAAUCAGGCUUUAUGAUACAGUCAACAUUGACACUAUAUUCUUUGUCAUCUCAGAGCUACAAGA